CCGGAGGCCGUUAUGUAGAACACCCGGAAGGCGGAAGUCCGGGGGCGGAAGUGGCCCGGAGGAGACGAGGAUGGCGGCCGAGCGCUGGUUUUGGUGCUGGGGCUGGGGCCAGCGGUGCCCGGGGAGGCCUGGGCUUCCUGGCCCCGGCCCCGGCCCCGCCACACUUCUCCAUUUCCUUCUGUUGCUCGGGUCGGUGGCUGCCGACAUAACCGACGGCAACAGUGAACACCUGAAGCGCGAGCACUCGCUCAUCAAACCCUACCAGGGAGUGGGCUCCAGCUCCAUGCCUCUCUGGGACUUCCAAGGCAGCACCAUGCUCACCAGCCAGUAUGUGCGACUGACCCCAGACGAGCGCAGCAAAGAGGGCUCAAUUUGGAAUCACCAGCCUUGCUUCCUCAAGGACUGGGAGAUGCACGUCCACUUCAAAGUCCACGGCACGGGCAAGAAGAAUCUGCAUGGAGAUGGCAUCGCCUUGUGGUACACCCGGGAUCGCCUGGUGCCAGGGCCUGUGUUUGGAAGCAAAGACAACUUCCAUGGCCUAGCCGUCUUCCUGGACACGUACCCCAAUGAUGAGACCACCGAGCGCGUGUUCCCGUACGUGUCGGUGAUGGUGAACAAUGGCUCCCUGUCCUACGACCACAGCAAGGAUGGCCGCUGGACCGAGCUGGCGGGCUGCACCGCUGACUUCCGCAACCGGGACCAUGAUACCUUCCUGGCCGUACGAUACUCGAGGGGCCGCCUGACGGUGAUGACAGACUUGGAGGACAGGAAUGAGUGGAAGAACUGCAUCGACCUCACGGGUGUGCGCUUGCCCACUGGCUACUACUUCGGAGCCUCAGCUGGCACCGGCGACUUGUCUGACAACCAUGACAUCAUCUCCAUCAAGCUGUUCCAGCUCAUGGUGGAGCACACACCUGAUGAGGAAAACAUCGACUGGACCAAGAUCGAGCCUGGUGUCAACUUCCUAAGGUCACCGAAAGACAACGUGGACGACCCCACGGGGAACUUCCGCGGUGGGCCGCUGACAGGGUGGCGGGUGUUCCUGCUGCUGCUGUGUGCGCUGCUGGGUAUCAUCGUGUGUGCUGUGGUGGGCGCCGUGGUGUUCCAGAAGCGCCAGGAACGGAACAAGCGCUUCUACUGAGCGGCCCAUGGGCCGCCGAGGGCCUCAUCCGGGCCCACAUGCUAAUGUGAACUUUUUUUUUUUUUUACUGGGAUUGUAAAAAAAUAAGACGACCUUAUUUCUUAACCGUUUCAAAGAAAUGAUUAAAGUAUUUUCGUACA